GAUGUAGCCAAAACGCAAUGGUACCAUUUCACGGCAAUCAUCAUUGCCGGCAUGGGAUUCUUCACCGAUGCAUACGACUUGUUUUGCAUUUCCUUGGUCACCAAAUUGCUCGGCCGUAUAUAUUACUACAAGGAAGGCUCUUCUUCGCCCGGCAGCCUUCCUCCUAAUGUAUCCGCUGCCGUCAACGGUGUAGCAUUCGCCGGUACCCUUACGGGCCAACUCUUUUUCGGAUGGCUCGGUGACAAGUUGGGACGGAAACGUGUUUAUGGCCUCACACUUAUGCUGAUGGUUAUAUGCUCCCUUGCCUCUGGACUUUCCUUUGGCCGUUCCCCUACUAGUGUUAUGGCUACCCUUUGCUUCUUUCGGUUCUGGCUUGGUUUCGGCAUCGGUGGCGAUUACCCUCUUUCGGCCACCAUCAUGUCGGAAUAUGCUAAUAAAAAGACUCGUGGGGCUUUCAUUGCUGCUGUUUUUGCAAUGCAGGGGUUUGGGAUUUUGGCCGGUGGGAUGGUUGCCAUUGUAGUUUCGGGAGCUUUCAAGGCAAAGUACCCUUCACCACCUUUUGAAAAGAAUCCGAAUCGAUCAACCGUGCCGGAAGCUGAUUACGUUUGGAGGAUCAUUUUGAUGUUUGGUGCACUCCCAGCUCUGCUUACUUAUUACUGGCGCAUGAAGAUGCCCGAAACCGCUAGGUACACCGCUUUAGUCGCCAAGGACGCAAAACAGGCAGCCGCGGAUAUGUCAAAAGUUCUCGAGGUCGAUUUAGAAGAGGAACAACAACAAGAGAAACCGAAGGAGAGAAAAGAGAGUGAAUUUGGUUUGUUCAGCUCAGAAUUCCUUCGUAAACACGGACUUCACUUGCUAGGCACAACAAGCACUUGGUUCUUGUUGGACAUUGCCUUCUACAGCCAAAACCUGUUCCAAAAGGACAUCUUCACCGCCAUCGGUUGGAUCCCGAAGGCGAAAACGAUGAACGCCAUCGAAGAAGUUUACCGCAUUGCAAGAGCUCAAACACUUAUCGCACUAUGCAGCACCGUACCCGGAUAUUGGUUUACCGUGGCAUUGAUCGACAAGAUGGGGAGAUUCAGGAUCCAAUUGAUGGGGUUCACAUUCAUGACAUUGUUCAUGUUUGCCUUGGCAAUCCCGUACCACCACUGGACUUUACCGCACAACAGAAUUGGAUUCGUUGUAAUGUACUCCCUCACGUUUUUCUUCUCAAAUUUCGGCCCCAACGCAACCACAUUCGUUGUCCCCGCUGAGAUUUUCCCGGCACGGUUGAGAUCAACAUGCCACGGGAUAUCAGCUGCAUCGGGCAAAGCAGGGGCAAUGGUGGGUGCGUUCGGGUUCUUGUAUGCUGCCCAAGGGAUCGGAGUACAAAAAUCACUUAUAAUCCUCGGCGUCGUCAGCUUGUUGGGGACGUUCUUCACGUUCUUGGUGCCGGAAUCGAAAGGGAAGUCAUUGGAAGAAAUGUCGGGCGAAGCUGAGCAAGAAAAUGAAAAUCAAACACAAACUAGUCAUGAAAUUAGAAUUGCUUAAGUUUAAUUAAUCAAU